AUGAAGAUCCCACCUCGAUGCAUGUUCACAACUCAGCUCGUCGGAACCCUAGUUGUAGGGAUGAUGAAUCUCGCAGGGCUUCAUCCUGAAAUUCCAUGGACAUCCCCCAAAUUCAAAGUUACAUUUGAUACUUUUGUGAUUUGGGGAGUCAUCGGACCUGAGCGAAUCUUUGGUUCUAGAGUCCCCUACGCCCUUUUGUAUCUGGUCGGAAUCGACGAUGAGCAGCAAGGUGGCGGCGGUGAUCUAAUGUGGUGGUCAGAGUCCGUUCCAGCGACUCUGGUUACUAUGUAUCAGGUCGGAAUCGGCGGAGAAAGUGAAUGGGUUUGGAGAGGGCCCGGUGGCGGCCGAAAUUUGUGGCUGCAGGUUGUCUUCCUUGCUGGAAAGUCUCCACCUUCAUUGGUGGUUUUAUCAAUUCAGAAAAAAAACGAAGGAGGGGGAAAUAGAUUAGAGGUCAGGGGAUAUUAG